AUGUUUUCCUGUGUCAUUGUGAUUAUCCUGGGCCUACUACUUGAUCUCUUAGGAGUCGCAAUUGCUGCAUCAGCAACUCCUGGGUGGGAGAUUUCUCCCCGUGGUAGGAGCAGAGCGCCAGCUCGCUUGUCAUCGAAACGUAAUCGACGACAGAAAGGCUGGAAAAAGUUCCCAAGACGACAAGAAACCCCAACAACGACCACGACAUUGGCCAUCUGCGACGAGAACGAUGGUUCUUUCUACCUUGGACCUCAGAACUAUACCUACCAGUUGCAGUGCAAGACUGAGUACGAAGGAGUGAAGAUAGGGGUACAAAACACCGACAACUUUGAAGACUGCAUCGGUGCCUGCAUCGAUCACAACAUAGUAAAUGGUGUUGGAACAUGCUUGGGGGCUACUUUCGAUGACCAUAAUGUGCUGAAUACCUGCAUCCUUUGGUCUGAUGUUUCCGAGAUACUACUAGUGGAAGAAGAUGAAGGUCAGUCCUCCAAGUACAAGAUGCCUGUAUUGGUAAUUGGCACAUGUGGAAAAGACCGAGCCCUUAGUGUCAACGGAAGCACGGUGCUGAUAUACCAUUUUCAGAUUCUCCAGACUCUGCACUUUUGA